AUGCUCAAGGCCAGGGCUGCCGCGACGGGACGCUCUGCAGUGUCAUCUUUACCUCCGCUGCUAAAGCGCAGCAAUGGACGUGUGCCGCGAACGCUUCCGAGCGCACAGCAGCAGCAGCACCUGCGCCACCAGCGGCACCAGCAUGGGCUGCUCCGCAGCACCACAGUGGCCCACGCAUCGAACAAGGACGACGAGGCUUUGGACCGCAUCAAGCAGGCGGCCGACGGCGGCGACAUCUGGAGCAGCGAGAUCAUAGCCAUAGUGCUUAAGGUGGGGCUGGUGGCGCUGUUUGUCACGGUGACCAUCGUCUUGCUGGAUGCUGCGCAACCGAUUGUGCAGACCACCAUUGAUCGGUUCCCAAAGCCCUGA